AUGAUGCGUUCUCUGUUGUUCCUGUGUCUCUUUUUGGUGGCGGCCUCUGCGUUUGCUCCAUCCUCCAUCACUCCUUCUCGCACUACCAGUACUACCAGUCUGAAUGGUCUCUUUGAUGGAUUCAUCAAUUCCAUGGAAGCGGGAUACAAAGGAGACGAUUCGGCCUUUAAAAAGCAAAAGGCGGCCGACCAAGCCAAGCGCGAUGCCAAAAAGGCCGAAUUUGAAGAACGGCGCUCCCAAGGAUUCCGACUCCUUUCGGAUGUCAAGGAAAAGACUUUUGCGCAACCAAAGUACGAACAGGAAGAAAAACCCAAGGAAAAGAAACUCUGGGGGCUCUUUUAA